AUGCCCAUGCCAACUCAGAACGGAAAACCUCUCGGCCGAUUGCCGCUGCCUGGUGAGAGGAGCCCAAAUGAAGUAAACAAUCUGACUUUUUUUUCCAUCUUAUUUCCAUUCCAGAAUGAGUUUUUCCUCGGCAGCGAAGUAUUCAUGCUGUAUCUGCUUCCCCCAUUGGUAUUUGAUGCAGGUUAUUUCAUGCCGGCACGACAAUUCUUCGACAAUCUUGGCUCCAUUUUAUGUUUUGCAAUGAUAGGAACCACCUUCAACAUUGUAGCCAUCGGUUUGUAG